AUGCAACAAAAACCAACAUUAAACCCGGAUAUAAAUGCAAAUGAAUCUAAGAAUCGUAUUUCUAAUGUUCUGGAAAUUUUAAAUGUCAAUGCUAGGAAUGGCUUUUGUCAGGAUCUGCAAGGUCGCCUAGUUAAGGUAAGUUUUGCUGAUGAAAGACCCCGUGGUGGAUUUGGUGGUGGUGGCUUUCAUGGAUCUUAUGGCAGUCUUUAUGGUGCUGGAACUGGAUAUAGAGGUAGUUAUGGCAUCUCUCCACUUGGUAUUGCUGCAAGUUGUGAUGGGUUUGGUAAUGCGACUGAAGGUUAUCGUAGUGGUGGAUAUGGUGAAGGCUAUAUUAGUGCCGAUGGUGGCAAUGCUAAUGAAGGUUAUGGCAGUGGUGGAUAUGGUGGCAGUAGCAAUGCUGGGGGUGGUUAUGGCAGUAGUGGAUAUGGUGCUGGAUCAGUCAGCAGUCGUUGGGACAGCAACUCUGGCAAGAACUAUGACAAUGCUGCUGGAGGUUACGGGAGCGGUUAUGGUGAAGGAUCGGGUGGUAAUUUGGGGAGAAGCAGCUCUGGCAAUAACUAUGGUGGUGGUGGUGGUGUGUAUGCUAAUGCUGUUGGUGGCAAUGCUACUGAAGGUUAUGGAAGUGGUGAAUAUGGUGGAGGUGGCUACAGAACAGGUGGCAAUUUUGGGGGCAGCAAGGUUGGCAAUAACUAUGCUGAUACUGGUGCCUAUGGUGGCAAUGCUGCUGGAGGUUACAGCAGUCGAGGAUCAGGUGGUGACACUGGUCCCUAUGGUAGCAAUGCUGCGGGAAGUUAUGGAAGUGAUGGGUACGGUGGAGAAUUAGGUGGCAGUUUUGGGGGCAGCAGCUCUUGCAAGAACUAUGGUAAUGCAGGUGCCUAUGGUGGCAAUGCUAGUGGAGGUUCUGGCAGUGGUAGAGAUGGUGGUGAUAGUAGCAAUGCUGCUGGAGUUAUGGCAGUAAUGGACAUGGUGGAAGAUCAGGUAGUAGUUUUGGGAGAAGAAGCUCUGGCAAUAAUUAUGGCGCUGCUAGUGGUAACGCUGGAAAUGGACCAAGUUUUGGGAAUGCUGGUGGCUUCGCAAGAGAUAUUCAUUUUUAAAAUUUAG